AUGCGGAGCACCGCGCGGCCCUUGGGCGGCCGCGCCACCCCCGGGCUCCCGUACGGCCGGGGGCCGCGCGGGCCGGGGAUACCGGGGACAGCGGCGGGGCCGGGGAGCGGCUGGUGCAGCGGCGCAGGCGGCGGCGGGAUGGCAUCCACCGGCGGCCCUCUCCCGGUUCCCAGCUCUGUGCUCCCAGUUCCCGCUCCCGCCCCGCUCCGCCAGCGCACACACCUGCCCGCCCCCCAGCACCCCCCGCCCCGCGCUGUCAGUCGCACCCACCUACCCCAGUGGCCGCCGCCGCCGCCGCGGGUCCGGCGCGCCCCGCCGCCCCCGCGCCGGCAGCGGCACGGCACGGCACCGCACCCCCCCUUCCGCCGCCCGCCCGCCCGCCCCUUGCGCGGAGGUGGAGCGGCCGCCGGGAGGAACCAGGAAGUGAACGGCGGCGGCGGGAGGCAGCGCGUCCCGGCCCUGCCCUUCCCCGCCCCGCCAAGGGCUCCCCGGCCCACGGACGGCAGCGGCGGCUGGCCCGGUGCGGCUGCGGACCGCCUGUGCCCACUGCGCGUUAACGGCCCGGGCGUGCGGGUGCCUGGGGGGGAAAUGCGCGUUUUGUGA